AUGCAGCUCGAGCGUUGCAUCUCGCCAGCUCUCGCGCGCUCCAAGAAAUGUAUGAUUGUGGGCAGUGGCUACCCAAACGCACAAGCGUCUGAGCUCGCCUUGCAGGACUACCCUAUUAUAUCAAUCGGCGACAACCUGGAGAGAAGUUCACCUCUGAAAAAAAACUCCGCUGGGAUGACGAAUCAGUCAGAGGCAGACAAUUUCACCGACUCGAAGGACUCAUCAGGGGACGUCCAGCGAGGCAAACUCUCUCCUGAUCUUGACGGAGUCGCCGACAGUCGUCACACUUUCGAUGGAUCUGCAGGAGAAAGGUAUCUCCUGUCUCAGUCCAGUCAAGUUCAGCCGAGUCCCACCACCAUGUUUCCCUACCCGAGUCAGCAUGGACCGACGCACCCGGCUUUCUCCAUCGCCAGCCCGAGCCGCUACAUGGCGCACCACCCGGUCAUCACGAACGGAGCCUACAACAGCCUAUUGAGCAACUCUUCUCCGCAAGGUUACGCGGCCGCUGGCUACCCGUACGCGCAACAGUACGGACACGCAUACCAGGGCACGGCUUUCUACCAGUUUUCCUCCGCGCAAGCAGGACUCGUGCCUGGCAAAGCGCAGGUUUACCUCUGCAACAGGGCCCUGUGGCUUAAAUUCCACAGGCAUCAAACGGAGAUGAUUAUUACCAAGCAGGGACGACGAAUGUUCCCGUUUUUGAGUUUCAAUAUAUCUGGUCUCGACCCAACGGCGCAUUACAAUAUCUUUGUGGACGUGAUUCUUGCUGAUCCGAAUCACUGGCGCUUUCAAGGAGGAAAAUGGGUCCCGUGCGGCAAAGCGGACACAAAUGUAACAGGGAACAGAGUGUACAUGCACCCGGAUUCGCCAAACACCGGCGCGCACUGGAUGCGUCAAGAGAUUUCCUUCGGAAAACUUAAGCUAACCAACAAUAAAGGAGCAACCAACAACACAGGACAGAUGGUCGUCCUGCAGUCGCUGCAUAAAUACCAGCCUCGACUGCAUGUGGUGCAGGUGAACGAGGACGGAACGGAGGACACGAGCCAACCCGGGCGCGUGCAGACCUUCACUUUCCCCGAGACGCAGUUCAUCGCUGUCACCGCAUAUCAAAACACUGAUAUCACGCAGCUAAAAAUAGACCACAAUCCAUUCGCGAAAGGAUUCCGUGACAAUUAUGACACUGUCUACACAGGCUGCGACAUCGAUCGGUUGACGCCGUCCCCGGGUGACUCUCCUCGCUCUCAGAUCAUGCCUAGCGCAAGAUAUGCCAUGACUGGUUCUUUCCUGCAGGACCAAUUUGUCAGCUCGUAUGCCAAGUCCCGCUUUCACCCUGGCGUCGGAGGCGCUCCUGGCACGGACCGCAGCGUCCCACUUAGUAACAGCUUGCUCUCCCCGCAACAAACCGAGGAGACCACGGUGGCCUCCCCGCAGCGAUGGUUUGUCACCCCUGCCAACAACCGACUGGACUUUGCCGCCUCGGCAUACGAUGCUGCCGCGGCUGCUGAUUUCGCCGGUAACGCGGCCACCCUUCUGUCGUACGCAGCUGCCGGAGUUAAAGCGCUGCCCUUGCCCGGUGCGGGAUGCUCCAACAGACCUCUGGGGUAUUACGGCGAGCCGCCGGGGUGGGGCACCCGCACGCCACCGCAAUAUUGCAGCAAAUCCAGCUCUGUCCUGUCGUGCUGGCCGUCCAACUCUGUUGGGAGCAGAACGUCCGCCUCUAGCUACCUGGUCCCGGGACUAGAGGACGGAGACCCCAUUGCGCCCGAGAGGUCACCGCUAGGCGGGGCGGAUGAGUCCAAACCCAAAGACCUGUCUGAAUCCAGCUGGAUAGAAACCCCGUCCUCAAUUAAGUCGAUCGAUUCGAGCGAUUCUGGGAUUUUUGAGCAAGCCAAGCGGAGGAGGAUUUCGCCAUCUGCCACGCCGGUUUCCGAGACGUCGUCUCCAUUAAAAUCUGAAAUGUUGACGCCGAGGGAAUGCGAGAAAAACUGCUCCAAGGACAUCGGCUACUACAGCUUUUACCCCCACAGUUAGAAAUCUCGGACCGACUAAUG